CUGUUAACAAGUACUUCAAUGCUUCAAUCAACUUCAGUGGAAGAGAAACUACGACUGUUAAAUACAAAGUUUAGCUCUUGAAAGUUAAUAAAGUGAAAAUCAAGUUCCAGUUAAUUGUGAUAACUUAGCUCUUUAGGUUUUCUCAAAGAUGGAAAUACCCUUAGAAUCGGAAUCACACGAAAUACCAGCGCAAAAAUAUGAAUAUUUGGAUCACACGGCAGAUGUUCAACUUCACGCCUGGGGUGAAACGCUCAAAGAAGCAUUCGAGCAAUGCGGGAUGGCCAUGUUCGGCUACAUGACGGAGCUAGAAACGGUUGACAUUUCCAAAUGCUUCGAAAUAAAAACUGAACCAACGGAUGAUUUGGAAAAUCUACUGUUCAGAUUUUUAGACGAGCUGCUGUUCCUGUUUUCAGCGGAACCAUAUCUGAUUUGCAAAAAACUGGAAAUUACCAAAUUCGAUUUGGAGAAUUUCUGCAUCGAAUGUCGUUGCUACGGGGAAGAGUUCGAUUUGAAAAAACAUCCCCAAGGAACGGAAGUCAAGGCCAUUACGUACUCUGCCAUGCAGAUCAACCAGAUGCCGGACCAGAACAAACACGAGGUGUUCGUUAUCAUAGAUAUUUAAUCUACCAAUGACAAUUUACUAUCAAUGUUAUGAAAAAUGUUUAUUAAAUAAUAAUGAAAACAUUAGUUUUCGUGUAUUUUAAA